CGCCAAGCGCAAGACCGUCACCUCGCUCGACGUCGUCUACGCGCUCAAGCGCCAGGGCCGCACCCUUUACGGUUUCGGCGCCUAAGUGCGACACUAGGUCGCGGGGAGGAGGAGUUUUCGUUUUCGCUCGUCUCUUUGCCGUCGCUCUUUGCGGCGAUGAUGCAUUUCGAAGUACCUGUUAUACUAUAUGCUGCGGUGCUGGGGUGGUAGUGUUUUUCUGGUGUGAUGAUUGAAGGGAAGAGUGGAUUGAAGGGUGGAAAGGGCAUGUCGGAUGGCAGCGACGGAGAGGAUAUGGGUGGCGAGCGGCGGUGGUUGCGUCGCGGGGGAAGAAACGGUGCGCGUUCAAAAGGCGCAGGGUAUACCGUAGACUGCGAAAAGUCGUGUCGUUGCGGACCGUGGAGCGUUGGCAAUCUGCCUGCCUCCGCCGGCCAUCCCGCACACCGCUCUACAUCUGCGCCUCGCCUUCCGGUGCGCUGCACGAGAAGAGGCUCCCAGCUCCCAGCUCCCAGCUCCCAGGGCAGGCCAUCGCCCGACGAAAUUACCAAUAACCGCUGGCAGAGGAAGAGGUUGUACCUUCCCCGCGUCCCCCAGAAACCGAUGACAUGGACCGCCACUGUCUCCGUUCAGACCCUCGGCUUCUCGCCCGAUCGACCUUGGGCCUCGGGCUACUCUCUCUCUCCCAUAGCUGCCAUGCCACGGUGCCCGUUGUCAAGAGUUGCGCUACAUGUGCAAACGCGGGACAGAGUUGCGAGGGGGGGACCAGAAUGAGGGCGCUCAGAGACGCACGACUGGGGCAACGGAAUCAUAUGAGACCAAAGCUCACGUCGCAAUUUGUUGUCUUGGGUCGCAGCUCAUGGCCUCUGGCUCACAGGUCAUGAAGCAAUGGAGCUUGAUCGACGAUGCUUUUGUGACGCCCUCGAGCCGAACAAGCCCAACGACGCCUCCACCCUUCAACCAUCUCCACAUCAGCUCACCACCAAACCCACCACCGUCAACCUCCACCACCUCCGCCGCCACUUCCACUUCCACCA